GACGUGACGUAGGGAGAGUUCCGACUUUGGCCUCCGCCGCUGCCUCCGCUACUACAGCCGUCGCCGCUGCUGCCCCCAGCGCAACCGCGGCUUGUUAUUCCUAAAAUGGCGCCGCUAGAUCUGGAUAAGUAUGUGGAGAUAGCGCGGCUGUGCAAAUAUCUGCCAGAGAACGACCUGAAGCGGCUAUGUGACUAUGUUUGUGAUCUUCUCUUGGAGGAAUCGAACGUUCAGCCAGUGUCAACACCAGUGACAGUGUGUGGGGACAUACAUGGACAGUUUUAUGACCUUUGUGAACUAUUCAGAACUGGAGGUCAGGUUCCUGACACAAACUACAUAUUUAUGGGUGAUUUUGUAGACAGAGGUUACUAUAGUUUGGAGACCUUCACUUAUCUUCUUGCACUAAAGGCUAAGUGGCCUGACCGUAUUACACUUUUACGAGGAAAUCAUGAAAGUAGACAAAUAACACAGGUGUAUGGAUUUUAUGAUGAGUGCCAAACCAAAUAUGGAAAUGCUAAUGCUUGGAGAUACUGUACCAAAGUUUUUGACAUGCUCACAGUAGCAGCUUUAAUAGAUGAGCAGAUUUUGUGUGUUCACGGUGGUUUAUCACCUGAUAUCAAAACACUGGAUCAAAUUCGAACCAUUGAAAGGAACCAAGAAAUUCCUCACAAAGGAGCAUUUUGUGACCUGGUUUGGUCAGAUCCUGAAGAUGUGGAUACUUGGGCAAUCAGUCCUCGAGGAGCAGGUUGGCUUUUUGGAGCAAAGGUCACAAAUGAGUUUGUUCAUAUCAACAAUUUAAAACUCAUCUGCAGAGCACAUCAGCUUGUGCAUGAAGGCUAUAAGUUUAUGUUUGACGAGAAGCUGGUCACCGUGUGGUCUGCUCCUAACUACUGCUAUCGUUGUGGGAAUAUCGCUUCCAUCAUGGUCUUCAAAGAUGUGAAUACAAGAGAACCAAAGUUAUUCCGGGCAGUUCCAGAUUCAGAACGUGUUAUUCCUCCCAGAACGACGACGCCGUAUUUCCUUUGAGGCCUUCACCUCUCCUGAUGACCCAUUUUUCUGCCCUCUUAUCCCAACUUUCUUGUACCCUCUAUGAUAUAC